AUGCUUUCCGGGAGGGUAUUGCUGCAGCUGUCCAAUGAAGUGGCGGUAUGGUUGGUUAUGUUUUCUUUUUUGGAUUAUAAACACGGGGUGCACUCACCUGGCCAUCAGGGUUCUGGAAAAUCACCAACCAGCUGGCUCGAUCAGCAACAACUCUCUCUUUAUAAUUUCUUCUCUUUGUUGGCCUGUCUCUACUUCUCCCGAAUUGGCACCUACAUCAAAGAUCACAAAAAUUUCCCUCCGCUCAACCUGUGGUGGUCCACCUGA